GCCGGAGGGCGGCUUCUGCCGCGUGCACACCCGGAAGCUCAGCCGCCGCAGAGCUCAGGGCCGGGGGAGGUGUCGCCGCCGCCACUGCCGCCGCCUCCUCAGUCAUGCCGAAGCACGAGUUCUCCGUGGACAUGACCUGUGAAGGCUGCUCUAACGCAGUCACUCGGGUUCUCAACAAGCUGGGAGGAGUUCAAUUUGACAUUGACCUGCCCAACAAGAAGGUCUGCAUCAACUCUGAGCACAGUGUGGACACUCUGCUUGAGACCCUGGGGAAAACAGGAAAGGCCGUUUCCUACCUCGGCCCCAAGUAGCGAGAGCCCGGGCCCCCAGCCUGCAGGAUGGACCACAGCGGGCAGAGUGAACGGAGAUGACAUAUGCACACAACGGGUACUCAGCUUGGCUACGGCUGUCAUCGUUGCAAGAGCUUUGGGAAGAAGACCUGGCUGGUCAUCCAGCCCGAUGUCCACGUCCCCCCACCCCCACUCUUGAUGGUGGGGUCCCCCAGCCUUGGCCUGCACACCACCCCUGAGCGGGAACGCCACGAGCAGCUGGCUCCACUCUGGACAGUGCUCUGGGGGAGGUUCUGGUGUUGAGCCCAGCCUCACCUCCCUGGCACUUCUCACAGCUGAUGCUGGGUUUGUCCUGAUACUCAGAGGCAUCAGCCCAGCCGCUCCCCAUGCUGGCUCCUCAGAGGCAGAACACGCUCUCCCUCUCCCAUCCCUGGCCCCCUCCCCGGCCUACCCCUUCCUCAGGGACGGCGCUGGAGUUAUCAGACCACCUGGUCACUAGCCUUUUCGUUAAUGCCUCCCCCCCCCCCCCCGCCCCCUCCUUGGCUGCACAUCACGGCAGGCAGGAUCUUAGUUCCAAGACGAGCCCAGGGUUCCAACCCGUGCCCCCUGCAGUGGAAGUGUGGAGUCCUAACCACGGGACCACCAGGGAAGUCCUCGUUGAUGUCCUUUUGAUAGUGGAAGCGGAGAAAACACGAAGAGGCCAAGCAGCCCUGGGCCCCCACUGCUCCUAGACCCGGUCGCACAGUUCCCGGUGUACCAUGGAGGGAUCUGGCCUGAGUCCAGAGAGCACAAGGUCCUCACGCAGGGGAACCUGGGCAGGUUACACAAUCUCCCCUCAUCCGGAAACUGUGGCUCCGCCCUGGAUGGCAGCUACGUCACAGGUGAGGCUCGGGAUGCGCAUGCGCGUGCGGCAGGGGCCGGGUCAGUGCUGGCGCGUAGCUUUACAUUUUGGGGAGCGUGUCCCUGAAUUCUAUGGCUCCCUAAAGGGAGACUGAAGCUGCCUGGUCAGGCGCCCCACCCCCAACACACACAACACACAUCAGACCUGGCCCCUCCCUUGCUCAGUCACUGCCCCUCCCAGGGUCCAAUUUGGAAAUCGUCCUCCCCGAGGCACCGCUUGUGGGUAUCUAACUCCUUUUUUUUUGGUCUAAACAGAAGCUGUGGUUCCCUCUGUGUUCUUGGUUAAGUAGAGAGGCCAGAAAAGCCAUUGAAAUGGUAGGAAGGGCUAGAGGGAGAGGUGGAAGGCUAGAGGCUGGGGAAGCAGCCGGGAAUCUCUGAGAGCUUCACGGGCCCUCCAGGGUGGAGACACAAGCUCCCCAGACCCUGCCACCAUCGCCUCAGGCCUCUGCCUCUUCCUCUGACCAAACUCCGGAGAUGGCGGAGGCCUCGAGGAAUUCUAAAAUGUUAGAACUGGACGAAUCUUUAGAAAGAAAAAGUCCUACUGCCUCAUUUGGUGGUGGUAUUAUAUUACUAAUGGAAAUAUCUAACUGAUGAUGAUGAGACAGAAUAAUUAGAAAAAAAUAAAACAAUCUCAUUUAUAAAUCACUCCCCCCAUUAUAAUCUCUACCUGACAAAGGAAGUCCACUUAGCUUUUUGGUGUCUUUCCUUCCCGAUCCUUUUUUAGGCUUAUGUAAAUAUAUGUAAGUAAACAUAAAAGGCAAUAUACUGUAGCAUUUCAAAGCUCAGACUCUGGAGUUAGACUGCAGGGUUUUUUUGUUUUGUUUUGUUUUUUAAUUUAUUGUUUUUGAGAACUUUUAUUGAAAUACAGUUAACCUACAAUAAACUGCAUGUAUUUUUUUUUUAAUUUUUUUAUUUUUUACAAUAAACUGCAUAUAUUUAGAGUGUACAAUUUGGUAUCCCAAUCUCCCAAUUCAUUCCCCCCCAACCCUCCCUGCUUUCCCCACUUGGUGUCCAUGUGUUUGUUCUCUGCAUCUGUGUCUCUAUUUCAGACGGCAGGGGUUUAAAUCCCAGUUCCAUAUGUUACCAGCAAGUUAUUUAACCCACCUAGAUCACUGUUUCCUCAUCAGUGAAUUGGAGAUCAUUGCCUUCAUGUCAUAGGGUGGUUCUGAAAAUUAAAUGAGCUAAUCCCCAAAAAUCAUUUAGCAGAGUGGCUGCUGUGUAGUUAGCACUCAAUAAGCGGUUUAACAAUUUUAUUAGUAUUGGUAUUUUGUAAACUUCUUUCACUAAAUAGUUCCUAGAUACAUUUUCAUCUCAAAUAUGUGUGUUAUCUGUGGCUCUUCUGCAUUACAAUGGCUGAGUUAAAUCGUUGCAACAGGGACCAUAUGGCCCUCGAAGUCUAAAAUGUUUACUAUCUCGCCCUUUAUAGAGAAAUUUUAUCAAUCCCUGGUCUAGAUCACUGAUUUCAAAUUGUAUUCUAUGGAAACCUAAGGUUCCUACAGGUACCGCAGGGGAAAGAAGAGUAGAUGGUGGGGCUCCAGGCUCCCAGCCCCUUUCUAUCAAGACUGAUCCUCUUAUUUCUUAAGGUUAACUAUUCGUUCUACCAAACGUAAGGAAGAAACUACCAGUUCUCUAUGAUCUCUCUCAGAAGAUAGAAGCAGAGGGAAUACUUCCUAAUUCAUACUAUGAGGCCAACAUUACCCUAAUCCAAAACUAGAUGACGACAUUACAAGAAAACAAAACUAUAGACCUAUAUGUCUUAGAAACAUAGACGCAAUAAUCUUCAACAAAAUGUUAGGAAAUCAAAUCCAACAACGUAUAAAAAGAUUUAUACACCACUACAGGUAUGCAAGCCUGGUUCAACAAUUGAAAAUCAAUUAAUGUGAUCUAUCACAUCAAUAGGCUAAAAAAGAAAAAUCAUAUGAUCAUAGCAAUAGAUGCAGAAAAGACAUUUUACAAAAUCCAACACUCAUUCCUGAUUAAAAACUCUCAGUAUCCUCACUUGAUAAAGAAUAUCUACAAGAAACCUAUAGCUAACAUUAUACUUAAUAGUGAGAAACUCUAAGCUGUCUCACUAAGAUCAGGCACAAGGCAAGGAUGUCCCCUCUCACCACUGCUUUUCAACAUUGUACUUUAAGUUCUUGUAAUGCAAUAAGGCAAGAAAAGGAAAUAAAAGGUAUACAGAUUGUGAAGGAAAAAAUAAAACUGUGUUUGUUUGCAGCUGACAUGAUUGUUUAUGUAGAAAAUCCAAAAGAAUUGGGGUUCAAAAAACUUUCAGGUUGGUGAACACAUCCAUGUACCGGGAGGGCAGUGUACCCCAAUUCCAUGGGGACAGAACUUCGCUCUUUCACCUGGAACUCUCCCAGACCUCACCUCUAUGUAUCUCUUCAUUUGGCUGUUCAAGUGUAUCUUUUAUCAUUUCCUUUAAUAAACUGGUAAACAUAGUGUUUCCUUGAGUUCUGUGAGCUGUUCUAGCAAAUAAUCAAAUCCAAAUGGGAGGAGGUCAUGGGCACCUCCUAUUUGUAGCCAAGUCAGACAGAAGUUGGGGGUGACCUGGGGACCUACUUCCUGCAACUGACAUCUGAGUAGGAGGUGUCUCCUGGGACUGAGUCUUUAACCUGAUGCUAUCUCCACGUAGGGAGCGUCAGAAAUGAGUUAAAUUGUAGGACACCCAGCCAGUGUCACAGAAUUUGCUUGGUGUGGGGAAGUAACACACAUUUGGUGACCAGAAGUGUCAAAAGUGUCUUGUGUGACAGUAAAGGAGAAAUACACAGGAAGAGAACUGUAGAGGGUUUUUUUGUCUGUUUGUUCGUUUUUGGCUGUGCUGCGAGGCAUACGGGAUCUGAGUUCCCCGACCAGGGAUCAAACCCGUGCCCCCUGCAGCGGAAGCAUGGAGUCCUAACCAC